AUGGGCUGUGCUAGCAGCACUCCAAUGGUGGCAACUGCAGGCAGUGAAAUGCUAAAAGCCGCCACUCAUGUGGCAAGCGAUGUCAAGAAGCAAGGCGAAGCCGCCGUUGAAGAUGCGACACAAGCGAUUGGCGCAACAGUUGACACGGCAAAGGAGACAGUAAGCACAGCAGUGGCGGGCAUUACCAAUGAGCUGGGCACUGCGUUCAAGGAUGGCACAGACGCACUGGACGAAGUCAAGCACAAAGUGAUGGAGGGACUGCAUCUGGAGACAAAAGCAGAUGCGAAUGCGGAUACGGAUGCGAAGCAUGUGGCAACGAGUGCAUCACGAGCACCAACACCAGCACUCGAUGGGGAUGCGGACAGUCUGAAGACGUCGACGCCAGAGCCGGAGAUUGAGCGAGCGCUGGCAAACAGUGCGGACAAUGAGGAGGAGGCGCCACCAACUCCCAAGCCAUCGCUGCAGGAAAUGGCCGAGCUGAGCACCCAAGUGGGCAGCGAGGCGACUGCCGCUGUGGCGGCCACUGUGGCUGCCACUGUGGUGGCAAGCACAGAGGAGACUGCAGCAACAACUGUGGCGGCAACCGUGGAGGACAGCAGUCAGUGGGAUCGAAGCAAAGACAAGGAGGAAGAGGAGCAACGCCGUCCAAAUACCACCGAAUGGGAGAAGUUUGCCGAUCAGUUGGCCAAGAGUCGCAAGUUCAGGCCCUAUGAGAGUUUUGCGCGUACCAAAAAUCAAUUUUCCGUCUACAAAGACUACACCAGCAUGAGGGAUAAGCCUGGCCAUCGCGAUGGCCACUUCAGCGAUGGCAACUCAAUGUCGAGCGCCUCCCAGUCACAGUCGGACCUGUCCAGCGGCCACUUGACACCGGCUCCGCCCACCCGACGGGGCCACCGUGAUUAUGCCAAGUUCGUGGGCUCUGAGCAGCCGGGCAGUGUGUCGCGUGCCAGUUCCCGGCUCUCGAAUGUGGGCGGCACCACCAUGCGGACCUUUGACUUUAAUCCACAUCGCGAACGCAUCAGUCUUCCAAUUACAAGCCGCGCUGGCGCUGGUCGUGUCGGCUCCGCGCUCAAUGGACGUCGUUCGCUUUGGGCCCGAGAGCAGCCAGCUGUGUUGCCCGAGGAACCCCUCAGCACUUAUAGUCCAGUUAGAAGGAGAAGCAUGGUUGCAGGAUUUGGACAUCGUGCUAUUCGAGAAGUUCAUAAUAUACAGCCAGCAAGAUCUACCUCACAUUUGAGCAUCUUGCCCAAGAAGAAGGAAACGACUGCCUCUAAGCCCCUAAUUGAACCCAUAAGACCUCAAGUCUUCGGCAACAACGCCAAGCCAAUAAAAUCCAGCAUCAAAGCCGGCAAAGAAGAGAGACCAAGUGAGAUGUUUAAAUCAUUGUUUAACUCAUCAAGUGACAUAAGCACGGCGCUGCUGUUGGCCACGCCCUUAACAGUUACCUCAUUGCUGCGCAGCCCUUCAGCAGCCGCCAAGUCACACACGGAACAUGCUUCAGCAGGCUUCAACAAAAUGCCAUCGCCUUUGGCCUCGCGUGCCGCAUCUUUUAUUGCAGAGCCAGCGGAAACACGCAGGCACAGCAAAUCAACUGUCACGCAAGCCACGCCCACAAUCACGCCAUCAAGGCUCAAUGCGGAACAGUUGCCAGCAGCUCUGAGAUCUGCGUCGAUAGACACGCAUGAGGAAAGGCGACUUACAUUGCCAAAGACAAAUACAACACCAACAGCGACACCUCAGAAAGUAGUCUGUGUGCAACGCACUCCAUCAAGGACUCAGCCCAGAGCUUCCUCAAUCUAUACCACGAGCAACCCCAAGACAAAGUCGCCAUCUAUAUCGCGUGCAUCAUCGCGACUCUCUUCGAACAGCAGCACAGAGAUAGUCAUAAGACCAUUGAGUCAUCUAAAUACGCCCAGCGCUGCAUCCCUCUCCCCCGAUCAGGUUGUGAUGACAGAAUAUGAUGACAGCGAUUUGGAGGCAGCUCUGGCCCGUUUGGCCGACUGGCGUGGCUCGACAACAACACUGCAUUCAAUGCGAUCCUCCAAUUCGCAAAUGGAACGCAUUUCAAAUCCCGCAGUGCUGCUGGAUUCGCGACGCACUUCGCCCUGGAUUAGACGCAAAGCGGACCGCAAGGAGAUGCCAAUAUUCUCCGGAUGUGGUAUUGUGGAGCUCACAUCUCCGGCUAAAACAGCCCAUGAACUGCUCGAACGUUGUGAAAUCUGUUGUAAUGAAUUUGUGAUGAAAUAG